ACUGUUAAAAUUGCUCGCGAAUGAUUCGUUUAUGCUCGGACUGUUAAAUUAGUGGAAAAAAAUAAAAUAUACAAAAUUUUGUCGAAAAAUAUAAACCGGGGCUAAAUGUCGGAAAAUUCGCCUGCAAAAGCUGAAAAUGGAGGAGGAGAUGAAGAAAAAGAAGCCGUGAAGCCGACUCCGAGUGGCACUUUGAAGAUGUCAUUUGCAGAUUGGAAGAAAUGCAAGGAAGCCUUAAACCCGGAUACCUCGGAAAAGGGUCAGCAGGGGACUUCAAAGGGAGAAGGCAGAGGCGGUGGACGGAAAAAUCAGCAGAGAAAUGACAGAAACAAUUCUGGUGGAAACUCGGGAGGUAGUGGGAAUUCGAGGAAUCAUCAUCAGGAUAGGAAUACAUUUCAUCAACCCUUAUGUAGACCUCCACCAAUGCCAAUUCAAUUGCUAUCUAUGAACAUAGGAGGCGGAUUUGGUGGAAAUUUUGGACCACAAUGCGGCCCUCCCAUGAUGCCGCCAAUGAACAUGGGCAUGGGCAUGGGCCCAGGCCCUGGACAUGGACAUGGACAUGGACCUGGUCCUAAUUCCGGGCGAAGGCAACGCAAUCAGAAUCAUCGACCAUUACAGCCACCACCGUUUUGGGAGGAUAUGAUGUCGCCACAACAUCGUCCGCCUCCCAUACAGCCUCCAAUGCCGAAAUGUCCAAGUCUCUGGAAUCUAGUACCCAAGGACAAGGAUAAGCAGAGAAGUCCCAAUGAUAAGUAUAAACCAAAAAAUAAAAAUAACACCAAGAAGAUCAAUAACGAUGCUAAGCUUAUGCCACCUCCACCACCGCCACCACCUCCUCAGUCAUCAUCCUGUUCAGGUGGCGGGGGCGAUAAUUCAUCAGUCAGCUCCUCUAAUGGUGGUCAACCAGCACAGAAAAAGAAAAAAGCUGGUGGAACUUUCGUACAAGUCAAUGGUCAGUGGGUCCAAAAGCCAGAAGCCCCUUUGCCAUUAGAGGAGGCUCCUCCUGGCACCAAAGAGGAACGUCAACGUCAGUGGAAGGAAUAUCGCCAGGCAAUGAAACCAUUUAAGAAUCGGGAGUUCCAUAAUUGGAAGCGGACGGUGCAGCGGCUAAGCAAAAUUCCACGAGAUCAGCUGGAUGAGCAGCAAUUGGAACGUCUUCAAAAAGCUGAAGAAUACAUUGGAGCCCACAGGGCCAUGUUGACAAUUAAGCAUGCAGAGCGUUGGGUUCAACAGGGAUCGGGAAGUGAGAACAGUGACGCCGUUGGACAACAGGGACAAGUCUAUGUACGACGACCAGCCAAUUCGUCGUCUUUUUGGGAUCAGCAAAAACAGGGUUCGCAUGGAUUUCAGCGUGCUGCGCCAGCGAAGAAGCAAUUUUUCGGCACUGGUCGUGCUAUUAAGGGUUCAAUUGGUAGCGGCAAUAUUUUGGAUUCUCCAUUGGUUACGCCACCUAUUGGCCAAUAUAAUCAGAGCUCAAAUUACUUUGGACUGGAGGCUGGCGCGGGAUCAACAAGUGUGGGUGCAGAUGGAGCGGCCAUGGAUGCUGGUGCUGGCACUAGUCGUGCUUCCGGCGGCUUAGCCUCAUCAUUCUAUAGCAACUACAGUUCCAAUUUUGUCAAAGGCGAUACAUUACUGCCGCCCUAGGAUAGUUCUCAGACAAAUUCGGUUGCCUGGAGCGAAAGUUACACUUAGUUUUUAAUAUUUUCUUAUAAUUUAAUUAAUUAAUUAAUUACAUAACUAAUGAUCACGGUAAAUAAAUAAAAAUAGGGCACGAGUAUCUGCCGCACUA